GGAGUCUGCAUGUGUGUGUCUGUGAUUAUUAUGUGUGAGAGCAAGUGUGACAGAGAGAACAGCAAGACACUGGAACGGUGGAAUGUCAGUGCGUGUGUGUGCGUGUGUGUGCGUGUGUGUGCGUGUGUGUGCGUGUUUGUACGUGUGUGUGUGUGUAACAGAUAAAUUGAGAGUGCUGAAAAUGUAGCAGGUUUUGUGCAGCCUUGAUGAGCUAUGGACGUAACUACUGCACAUUUCACUAAGAAAAGGUGCCACAUGUGAUUGGCCAGCAUACACUGUGCAGUAGCGUCGUCCUGGUGGUGGCCGCCAGCUCCGGUUCGCUCGCUGUUUCGUGGUGCCCCUCUGGGAGCCUUUCAUGGGAUUUAUCUUGUCCGGCUGGGCAACGCACGGAGCUCCCCUGCUUCCCUGAACCGAGACUACCGAGGAAAUAUACAGUACACGGAUAAGAAGUGAAAUAAUUAACCAAUCACAGUACACGGAGGCAGACUGGGUUCCCUUAGCAACAACUGAAGGAGAGAAGAGAAUCCUUUUCUCUUUCUCCUCUCUUUUCUCCUCUCUUUUUCUUUUUUCAUCUGGGCACGCCCCUGCGGACCGGCGUGGGCCAGAUUCGGGGGGGGGAGGAGGACGCAAAGACAGACGGGAAGGACGGACGCUUCCUGCCCUUGUGUAAGAGUAAAGUCCACCCUGGUGAUCCGGUGUUUCAUCGCCACCCAUGGUCUGUUAUAGAGGACACACUCUCGCCAAAAGUUACAUCGUUCCAAGUGAGAAGUUUGGCGGAUCCCGUCCUGUUGAGAGCGGAUCCUGUCCUGCUGACAGUGGAUCCCCUAUCUGCCAAGAGUGGAUCCCAUCCCGCUGAGUGCAGAUCCAGUCCAACUUGUAGCGGAUCCCGUCCAACCGGAGUGGAUCCAGUCAGACUGGGAGCAGAUCCAGUCCAACUGGGACGCGGAUCCAGUCCAACUGAGAGCGGAUCCAGUCCUAUAGAGAGCAGAUCCAGUCCUAUUUGAGAGCAGAUCAGGUCCUAUUGAGAGCAGAUCCACUCCUGUGAGCAGAUCCAGUCCUCUGGGAGCAGAUCCCGUCCAACUGGGGGGAGCAGAUCCCUUCCUGCUGAGAACGAUCCAGUCCUGCUGGAGAGUGGAUCCCGUCCUGCUGAGAGAAGAUCCAGUCCAACUGGGAGCGGAUCCAAUCCUGCUGAGAGCGGAUUCCCUCCUGUGAGCAGAUCCAGUCCUGCUGAGAGUGGAUCCAUUCCUAGGGGGGCUACUGAGAGGACCCUAGCAGACGUUGUCUUUCUCCCAGAGGAGACGCACAGAAUAUUCAGUCAUCAUUUUCAAGGAAAAUGGAAACAUUGGGCAGUUCAAUUUGAUUUGAGACGUUCUACAGAAUCUGGAUUUCUCAUGAUUUGGCGUUUUCCUCAGGAGAGUGGUACGCGGAAGGAGGAGUAUUCUUUCAUUUUCAGCCCCCCCCCCCCCCCAACACCCCACCCCCACACAAGAAGAGCGUAUUCUUCACCAAAGGUGCUCAUUAGAGGACAAUGUUUUCCCCACUGACAACCAACAAUGUAGAUGUGAUCAUUCUGCGCUUUAAUAAACUGCGUGGAGCUCUAUUUUUCUAUCUCCUGGCCUGGAUAUCUCAUCUCACGGUAUGACGUUCCACUGGACCGAAGCUUGACUCUCUUUGCUUGUGUUUUAGUUUUUUUUAACACUAACCCCCACCGUUAUGACUGUGUUUAACCAAUCCCACAAAAAAAAAGACGAUGACCAGGUCUGGUGAGGAGAAAGAGUACUUCCAUCUAAAAAUAGGCAAGAAUCUUCAAAAGCACUUCCUGUGGGGCCGGCCAUAACGCACACACUGACGCGAGAUGAGUCGGCUCAACGUGACGAUGAUGUGAGAGCUUCGUCCGUCCUCAAACGCGUCUGUCCGUCCGUGCGUUCCUCUCUCUGGAUUUAAUCGUUGAACCUUCCCCCCCUUCCCAUAUGCUCCUCUCCUCUUCUUAUAUGGAAGCAUCAAGCAGAGGCUAUGGAUGUCACAGCGUGAACCCGGGGAGGCAGAGCGGGCUAGGCAAGGUCUUUCGGCUUGCCCGGGUGCUUUUUAAGAUGUUGAGGCUUCCCAGUGCGCGAGGGGCCCCUGUUCGGAUCAUUUGCACCGAGGCUCCCUGUGGCCAAAGACAUGGACCCCGAGACGGCUCCCCCAUGCCCACCUCCUGCUCCUCACCCUGCCGGCCCCUGGCCCCACGUCACGCUGUGAAGGAUGUCCCUCAGCAGAGCUCCGGCCCGGGACACCUAUGAGAGCCCAAGCCCGCGAGAGCGCAUCCGCAGCCACAUGAAGAUGGUGAUCCAACAGCUGGACGGCAUUCUCAAAGAGCUCAAGGAUGUGGCCAAGGAACUCCGGGAGGUGGUGGGUCAGAUUGACAAGCUCACGUCAGACUUUGACUUUGACCAGGAUCCCGAUGACUGGACGGUGGCCACGGCCAGCAGUACGUCCAGCAGCGAGCGGGGGCUGGGCGAGGCCUUCCGGCCAGACCCCCUCAACCCAGACGUGCUGUCGGACAGCUGGGAGUUCUGCAGCUACCUGGAGGCCACGGCCGCCGCCGCCGCCGCCACGCUCAGGUCGGGAGACCCCGCCCAGACCCAGACGCCCGGCAGCCCGCCACCACCGCCCCCCGCCACCACUGCCUCGGCCUACUCGCAGAUGAACGGGGGUCUGCCCAUCCCCAACGGCCCCCGCAUCAUCACGCCGGACUCAUCGAGCGAGGAGGCCAGUAGCUCCACCCACAGCCACAAGCCGCGAGAACGGGUGCGCUUCAGCGACAAGAUCCUGUACCACGCGCUGUGCUGCGAUGACGACGAGGACGACGAGGAGCAGGCGGAGGCGGCCGACGACGAAGAGGACAAGAGCGGCCGGGCGACGCCGGACAGCGACGUUGAGACGAGUCCCCUGGCCAGCUCGUGCGCCACCCCGAGGCGGUCUUACUCUGAGCAUUCGCUCCACUAUCCUCACUUUCUGGAUCCUUCGUACGUCCCGUCCCCGGCCAAGGCGUCGACCGGAGCUCACACACUACCCAGGAAGGGUCUUUUGAAUCCGGGCUGCCGUAAAAAACUGCUACGAAACAGCAGCACACAGACAGUGUCGGACAAGAGCACCCAAACUGUACUGCCCUAUAUUCCAACCAAACAGAAAACCAAGGACCACUGAGAAAAAGCAUUACCAUAGAACACGUGACAAGGACUGUGUACUAUUUAAUAUUAAAUACAUAGAUCAUAGAUUAAUACGCAAAUAAAUUGAUUACUAAAUAAAUAAAUGAUAUAUGGGAAAUCACUUGACUACCUAAAGUCAUUCCAAGGCUCAGGGAAAACUCGACAAUAUAAAGGCAGUGAAAGAGAAAAAUGUAUUGGAGGACCAAAAGGCUUGUGCCUAUUAUAAUGUUGAAAAGAUAUGUUGAAUGGAUUCCCUAUGUGUAAUUAUUUGCAAAAUGUAUUGAAAUAACAAAGCAAUCUUCUUCUUUUUCUAGGUCUGACGUUUAAAGUGUUCAAAAAAAAUUGCAAGUGUGAAGAGGUUAUUUCUCCUCCUGAUACACUAGUAUAAAUUGAAGAAAAAAAAAACAUUAAUAGUAUAAUGCUUGUUCCCUUAAUGUGGAUACAAAACUCUGCACAUCCUUGUUCUCUGAAUCUGUAUAAACAUUGUCUUUUUCAUGUU